UUACAUUCAAUAAUGAGUUACAUUUCUAUAUACUUCAAGAAUAUUGGUUGCAGUGGAUAUAACAAACAGAAAACAGGUUUUAAUAUCAUUAUAAUUCGCAACAUCCUAACUUUUCGUUUGAUCGAAUAAUAAUGACUCAGUUCAUAGGAAAAUGGACAGGAGACGGAGAUUCAUACACAAAUUAUGAAGAAUUUGCCAAAGCAUCAGGUGUCACUGAAGACCUGAUUGAAAAAUUCAGAAAUGCUAAGAGCACAUUGGAAUUUAAACAAGACGGAGAAUACUGGAUGUGUGACGCAUCUAGUGACGUAACACCAAGCAAAUGUUAUAAAUUCAAGUCUGGUGAAGAAGUGUCUACUACAGGACCUUUUGGGAAAGGUCUUAAGUUUACAAUAACCAUUGAUUCUGACAGUAAAAUGACAAUGAAAGAACAAAGCGAACUAAUGGGAUGGAAAACAGUCAAAGUUGUGAGGGAAAUAAAGGGAGAUAAACUUAUCACCACUAUGGAACUUGAGAAUGGUAUACAGAUGACAGCUGAGAUGACGAAAUGUUAAAAUGACAUUUUUGAUGUGUAAAACUUCCACUAAUGUUUGAUUACAUUGAUUUUAACAGUUCUGUUCAAACUGUCUUCGAGGUUGUGCAUUGAAAAUUCAAGUCAUUUGAAAAAUCAUACAGCUGUCUUAACUGUGCCUUGCAGUUUUUCUUUGUUUUUAAAUAUUUAAUGUUAGAUAUUAAUCUAAAAAUAAAAAGAUCUAUACACAAGUAUUGAGAUAGUCUAGGAUGAUCAUA